AAUUGGGGGUUACUUCCAGAAUCUGUCUUCCUGUGUCGCAAUCGUUAGUUAACCUGGAAAUUCUCAUAUUCAUUGUUGGUGGGUUCGGCUGAGAUCUCCGAAAGUUUCGAUCUUCUGUGUCAAUGGCGGCUUUUCUGAACAGAUUCUGUCGGAGAAUAGCUUGUUCGAGGUCAGUUCAUGGAAUCAGGGGGUUAUCGAUGGCGGCGAGCGAAUCAGAAGCUGGAAAUUCGUUGAACCUCUACUCAGCCGUCAACCAGGCGCUUCACAUCGCCUUGGACACUGAUCCUCGUUCUUAUGUCUUUGGAGAAGAUGUCGGCUUUGGAGGAGUUUUCCGCUGCACGACAGGAUUAGCUGAACGGUUUGGGAAACAACGAGUAUUCAACACUCCUCUUUGCGAGCAGGGCAUUGUUGGAUUUGGCAUUGGUCUGGCUGCAAUGGGAAAUCGAGCCAUAGCAGAAAUCCAGUUUGCAGAUUAUAUCUAUCCUGCGUUUGAUCAGAUUGUUAAUGAAGCUGCAAAGUUCAGAUACCGGAGUGGUAAUCAGUUCAACUGUGGAGGGCUCACAAUAAGGGCACCAUAUGGGGCAGUUGGCCAUGGUGGACAUUAUCACUCACAAUCCCCUGAAGCUUUCUUCUGCCAUGUCCCCGGUAUCAAAGUUGUUAUCCCUCGGAGUCCACGUGAGGCGAAAGGACUGUUGCUGUCAUGCAUCCGUGAUCCAAAUCCCGUUGUCUUCUUCGAGCCAAAGUGGCUGUAUCGUCAAGCAGUAGAAGAGGUCCCCGAGCAUGAUUACAUGAUACCGUUAUCAGAGGCAGAGGUCAUAAGAGAAGGGACAGACAUAACACUUGUUGGAUGGGGAGCUCAACUCACCAUCAUGGAACAAGCAUGUCUUGAUGCCGCAAAGGAAGGAAUCUCAUGCGAACUGAUAGAUCUCAAGACUCUAAUCCCGUGGGACAAGGAAACCGUCGAGGCAUCUGUCAGGAAAACAGGCAGACUUCUGAUUAGCCAUGAAGCUCCUAUAACCGGAGGUUUCGGGGCAGAGAUAUCUGCUACAAUCGUGGAACGUUGCUUCCUGCGGUUAGAAGCCCCUGUGUCCAGAGUUUGUGGCCUGGACACUCCAUUCCCUCUAGUGUUUGAGCCAUUCUACAUGCCCACCAAGAACAAGAUUUUGGAAGCUAUCAAAUCAACUGUGAGAUAUUAGCCAAUCCACAAUGGAGUUUAAUUGGUGGUGUGAUUCAUAUGUUAGAUGGAAGAUAUGGAAAUGGCAUUAUUCUUGUGGUGUCAACUGUGUGAAUAAAAUUAUAUUCACUUUGUAGAAUGAACCUUUAAGGAUGAAUAAUAAAAGACAAUUGUAGGGA